AUGUUGAGUAGUUGUGGUUUGGUUUUGGAUAGCACUGUCAAUAAGUUUGUGAGGUGUGAUUUGAGAGGCUUUGAACAUUUUGGAAAUUUAAUCUAUCUUUUAAUAUUUCCCCUUCUCUUUCUACAGAACAUUCUGUCUUUAAAUCCCCGAAAACAGUUGCAUGCAACUCUUCAUUCAACUGCAUCAAAGAAACAAGUCAAGAAGCAAUGGAAAAGGAAUUCUGACAAAAGCUGUUCAAACUGUGAGAAACUAGAAAAUAAUUUUGAUGACAUCAAGCACACAACUCUUAGUGAGCGAGGAGCACUUCGAGAAGCAAUGAGAUGCUUAAAGUGUGCAGAUGCACCCUGUCAGAAGAGUUGCCCAACUAAUCUGGACAUCAAGUCAUUCAUCACGAGUAUUGCAAACAAGAACUACUAUGGAGCUGCCAAAAUGAUUCUUUCUGACAAUCCACUUGGCCUGACAUGUGGAAUGGUAUGUCCAACAUCAGAUCUCUGUGUUGGUGGCUGCAAUUUGUAUGCUACUGAGGAAGGACCAAUUAAUAUUGGUGGAUUGCAGCAGUUUGCUACUGAGGUGUUCAAAGCUAUGAAUAUUCCUCAAAUCAGAAACCCUUCCUUACCUCCUCUAGAAGAUAUGCCUGAAGCCUAUCGCGUGAAGAUAGCUCUCCUUGGUGCUGGACCUGCGAGUUUAAGUUGUGCUUCCUUUUUGGCUCGAUUGGGCUAUUCUAACAUCACCAUAUUUGAAAAGCAGCAAUAUAUUGGUGGCUUAAGUACAUCUGAAAUCCCCCAGUUCCGAUUGCCGUAUGAUGUAGUGAAUUUUGAAGCUGAGCUUAUGAAGGAUCUUGGAGUGAAGAUAAUUUUUAGCAAAGGCCUUGCAGUGGAUGGAAUGACACUCCGUACCUUGCGAGAAGAUGGCUAUGAAGCAGUCUUUAUUGGAAUAGGUUUACCAGAACCAAACAGAGACAGUAUAUUCCAAGGACUGAGAAUGGAUCAAGGAUUCUAUACAUCUAAAGACUUCCUACCUUUGGUAGCAAUGGCAAGUAAACCAGGGAUGUGUGCCUGUCACUCUCCAUUGCCAUCACUACAUGGAACUGUGAUUGUACUUGGGGCAGGAGACACUGCUUUUGACUGUGCAACAUCUGCUUUACGCUGUGGAGCUCGUCGCGUGUUUGUGGUCUUUAGGAAGGGAUUCACUAAUAUCAGGGCUGUCCCAGAAGAGGUGGAACUUGCAAAAGAAGAGAAGUGUGAAUUUCUACCUUUCCUCUCCCCUCGGAAAGUUGUACUUAGAGGUGGACAAAUUGUUGCUAUGGAGUUUGUUCGAACUGAACAAGACAACGAUGGAAACUGGAAAGAAGAUGAGGAUCAGGUUGUCCGCCUGAAAGCUGAUGUGGUCAUCAGUGCCUUUGGCUCCAUUUUAAGCGACAAUAAAGUCAGAGAGGCCAUGGCACCUAUCAAGUUUAACAGAUGGGGUCUUCCUGAAGUAGAUCCAGAAACUAUGCAAACAAGUGAACCCUGGGUUUUUGCAGGGGGUGACGUUGGUGGUCUUGCUAACACUACAGUGGAAUCAGUAAAUGAUGGAAAGCAAGCUUCCUGGUACAUGCACAGAUACAUACAGUCCUUACAUGGUGUUGCAGUUUCCACUGUUCCAGAACUACCACUCUUCUUUACUCCUAUUGAUUUAGUAGACAUCAGUGUAGAAAUGGCUGGACUCAAGUUUCCAAAUCCUUUUGGCCUUGCCAGUGCAACCCCUGCUACUAGUUCUUCAAUGAUUCGAAGAGCUUUUGAAGCUGGAUGGGGCUUUGCUGUCACUAAAACAUUCUCCCUGGAUAAGGAUAUUGUAACCAACGUUUCUCCGAGGAUUGUGCGUGGAAUUACUUCAGGUCCUACGUAUGGCCCAGGCCAGGGCUCCUUUCUGAACAUUGAACUGAUCAGUGAGAAAACAGCAGCAUAUUGGUGUAAAAGUAUUGCUGAACUGAAGGCUGACUUUCCAAACCAUAUGUUGAUUGCCAGUAUCAUGUGCAGCUAUAGCAGGGAGGACUGGACUGAACUUUCAAAAAUGGCUGAGGUUGCUGGUGCAGAUGCGCUGGAGUUAAAUUUAUCAUGUCCUCAUGGUAUGGGGGAGAGAGGCAUGGGCCUGGCCUGUGGGCAGGAUCCAGAACUGGUACGGAACAUCUGUCGCUGGGUGAGACAAGCUGUUCAGAUUCCUUUCUUUGCCAAGCUGACCCCAAAUGUCACUGAUAUUGUGAAUAUUGCAAUGGCUGCGCAGGAAGGUGGAGCAGAUGGUGUUACAGCCACCAACACUGUGUCAGGGCUGAUGGGACUGAAAGCAGACAGCACACCUUGGCCAGCAGUUGGUGGAGGACUGAAGACCACAUAUGGUGGUGUGUCAGGAAAUGCUAUUAGGCCCAUCGCCCUCCGUGCAGUGUCUGCCAUAGCCCGUGCUCUCCCAGGAUUUCCCAUCUUAGCUACUGGAGGCAUCGAUUCUGCUGAAAGUGGGCUCCAGUUUCUGCACAGUGGGGCUUCUGUUUUGCAGGUGUGCAGUGCAAUCCAGAAUCAAGAUUUCACUGUUAUUGAUGACUACUGCACUGGACUACGAGCUCUUCUUUACCUGAAAAGCAUUGAGGAACUUGAAGAUUGGGAUGGACAGAGUCCUGCAACCGUGUGCCAUCAGAAAGGAAAACCAGUACCUAGAAUUGCUGAUCUGACGGGAAAGCCAGGGUGCAACGUUCAGGAGACAUGGAAGCCCCCUAGCACUGUACCUGACCAGCUGAGACAGCUUGUCACAAACCAGCUGUUAUUUGGAACACUAGAUCAG